CCUCCCACCGUGUCCCAUCGCCUCCCAUCCCAUCGCAUCCUCCGCCCCCGUCCCGGCCCUGCCCAGCCCCGGCAGCAGGAGCGGCUCCGCCCGGCCGCGCUGCCCGAGCGCCGCCGCUGCCCGCGCUCCUCCCGGCUCCGGAGAUGCUCGAGGGCUCUGUGACCUGUGAGCAGCUGCCACAGAGGAGUUGUCCUGGCAGAGCCUGAAGGAAUCUGGGAUCACAGCAGUCCCCAGGGUGUGCUCAUUCCUCUGCCCAUGGAUGCUGCUGGCACCACGGGCACAGCUCCUCUCCAAACACCCACCCUUCUGGAGAUAAAAAUCCCCAAGCAACCCAACACAUUUCCACCCAGGAGUGCAAACCAUGACUGAAUGUCCGAGGCCUGGACAUCCACUGGGAUUCUUGCUUGGCGUGAAAAGAUGUCCAACAACACAACAGAGAGCUCCAGCAGCGCCCCCUCAGCCACCCUCGGCCUGCUCCUGGGGGGCAUCUCCCUGACCACCAUCGUCAUGAACAUCCUGGUGCUGUGUGCUGUGAAAUCGGAGAGGAAGCUGCAGACCGUGGGGAACCUGUACAUCGUCAGCCUCUCCGUCGCGGACCUCAUCGUGGGGGCGGCCGUGAUGCCCCUCAGCAUCGUGGACCUGCUGAGCCCCAGGUGGCCCCUGGGGCUGGAAGCCUGCCUGUUCUGGCUCUCCAUGGACUACGUGGCCAGCACGGCGUCGAUUUUCAACCUCUUCAUCCUGUGCAUGGACCGGUACCGCUCGGUGCAGCAGCCGCUGCGGUACCUCAAGUACCGCACCAAGAUGAGGGCGUCGCUGCUCAUCCUGGGCGCCUGGCUGCUCUCCCUGGCCUGGGUCAUCCCCAUCGUGGGCUGGCACGCCUUUGCCAACGGCGGGCAAAGGAAGGUGAAGGAGGACAAGUGUGAGACGGAGUUCUUUGACAUCACUUGGUUCAAAGUGCUCACGGCCGUCUUCAACUUCUACCUGCCCUCGCUGCUGAUGCUGUGGUUCUACGGCAAAAUCUUCCGGGCGGUGCGAGAGCACUGCCAGCACCGAGAGCUGGCCCACAGAUCCUACUGGUCUUCCGUGGAAAAAACCACCGUGCAUCAGACUAAGGCGAGGGAUGAGAAAAGUAUUUUCCUCCAGAAGCAAGUCUCAGGCGAGAACGCCCCCGGCACGGACAAGCAGAGCUCCCCAGAGCCCCAAAAAGUGGAGGCAGAGCUUCCUUUCAGCAAUCCUGACGAGGCUGCAAAGGCAGUGGGUAAUGGGAAGGUCCUGGUGUGGAGCUGCUUCUCUCUCACCACAGCCAAGCCUGAGCCUGGCUUGGACGAAGCAGGGAAGAAGGGGGUGUGUGCCACCAAAAAUCCUGGGCGUGAGGAGCAGCCUGGGUGCCAGGACAGUGACUCCAGCGUGGCAUCAGACAACCCCACCUUCACAGGGCAGCCCAGCGCCAGCCCCGGGGGAGCCUGCUGUCCUCGGGGAAGGACGGAGCACAGGGACCCCAGGGGCCUGACAUUCCUGAGGAAAAGCUGGCACACCCUGCACAGCCACUGCAGGAGCAGCCCCUGGCACAGGAGCAGGGAGAGGAAGGCGGCCAAGCAGCUGGGGGUGAUCAUGGCAGCCUUCAUGGUCUGCUGGAUCCCCUACUUCGUGCUGUUCCCCGUGAUCACCUUCCACGACCAGCGGCAGCUCUCCGAACUGCACAGGGUCACCAUAUGGCUCGGCUACAUCAACUCCACCCUAAAUCCAUUCCUGUACCCCCUCUGCAACCAGAACUUCAAGAACACUUUUAAAAAGAUCCUUCACAUUCAUUGAUGCUGGUCUGGGGUUUUGGAGCUCAAGUGCAGCUCAGGAGUUCAACCAAACCAAAAUGUUCCAGAUUCAAAGGAUGGGUACAGUAAAACUCUCGGGUACUUUGGCAAAAUGCAGUCUAUAAGGAAAUGUUAGGAAAAGUGGGAAAUGUUCAUUUAAUAGUUUUAACACCUUUUAAGAGCAACUUCAGAUCAAGAAUCUGAAAAACUCAAGGUCAAUAUGUGAACUGUUACACUGCUGUCAACCUUUAGCAUUUGAGAUCACCACUUCUGUCACACAAAUGGAGAUACAAAUAGAUGUCUACAAAUUAUUCAGCUGCAGAAAAGGAAGAAAUCACAUUUCUGGGAUUGGCCAGAAACACUUUUCUCUUUCAACUUGCUCCAGUAAACACAUUGCUUGUGAAGUGAGAUUUGCAAGUGGAGGUACUUUGCACAGCCAAAGAAAGAACUUCCAACUCUUUAAAAAAACUCCCCUAUUUAUUUAUAGCUUCCUCCAGAUCACAAACUUUUCAUCAAAUGUCACGUUUUAGUGUGUAUCCUACUGUAUCUCUUUGAUAUCAUGCUUAUAUUAACUGUACAUUAACUUUGCUGAAAAAAAGUAGAAUUUUUAUGUCCCAAAAAGAGUUUCCAUGCUCAAUAUACUGUCACCAUCUGCCCCAGAAGGGUGUACUGCUAUUUCCAGACUUGCAGAACAUAGCCGAUUAUACACGAAAUAUGUUUACUUUUUUUACCCUUUGUAUUUAAUUGUAUUUCAUAAAUCUUGCUGUCAAAUAUUUCAGGAGAAAAACACAAUAACAGAAUAGUUGAUGUUGGAAAAGAGACUAAGAAGAUGCUGAAGCACAGCUGAAAGCUGGGCUGGCUUUGAUAUUACAAAUAAAAAAGAAAGUCCUCUCA